AUGUUGCACCUUGUUGGUCUCGGUCUUGCCGAUGAGACAGAUAUUACUGUCCGCGGUCUGGAAAUUGUCAAGCGUGCCGAGCGGGUUUAUCUGGAGGCAUACACUGCUAUCCUUCUAGUAGACAAGUCGAAGCUUGAAGCAUUCUACGGCCGAGAAGUCAUUGAGGCCGACCGCGAAUUAGUAGAAAGCGGCAGCGAUGAGAUCCUUGCCGGAGCAGACAAAGUAGACAUUGCAUUCCUUGUCGUCGGUGAUCCAUUCGGCGCAACAACCCACACCGAUCUCGUCCUCCGCGCCCGCGAACUCAAUAUCCAAACUAACGUCGUUCCCAAUGCCUCCAUCAUGUCCGGAAUUGGCUGCACAGGCCUCCAGCUCUACAACUUCGGCCAAACAGUCAGCAUGGUCUUCUUCCUCGACAACUGGCGUCCCGCCUCGUUCUACGACCGUGUUGCUGAGAACGUGCAGAUCGGUCUGCAUACGCUCGUCCUGCUCGACAUUAAAGUGAAGGAACAGUCAAUGGAGAACCUGGCGCGUGGUCGUCGUAUCUACGAGCCACCACGUUAUAUGACUGUUGCGCAAUGCGCGCAGCAGAUGCUGGAGGUUGAGGAGGACCGCAAGGAGGGUGUCUGUGCGCCAGAUCGCCUGGCAAUGGGAGCUGCGCGAGUUGGUGCGCCGGACCAGAAGCUGGUUGUUGGUACUUUGACCGAGCUGGCUGAGGUUGAGAUGGGCGCUCCCUUGCAUAGUCUCGUGCUCCUCGGACGGAGAACACACGAUCUUGAGAGGGAUUACAUUCGCCAGUUUGCUGUUGAUCAAGCGACCUUCGAUGCCAGUUAUGUGAAGUACUAUGGCAAGAGCUCAUAA